AUGCCAUCGGUAUGCACUUUUUCACUGGACCACUCAAAUGCAGUUUAUUACAGUGGUCAGACAAUUAAUGGAACAAUUAGUCUAAAAACAACCACCGAAAAACAGAUCCGAAAUGCUCGCAUAGUUUUCCUUGGAGAGGGAAAAGUAAAAUGGGAGGAGUCUACUACAACAACAGAUUCGAAUGGCAAUAGUACCACAUCUACAACUUACUACAGAUCUCACGAAGUUUACAUCAAUAACGAGACAAUUGUACGAGGUGAGGGUGUAUUACCUGUUGGCGUGCACACCUACACAUUUACAAUUGUAUUACCAUUGGAGUGUCCCACAUCCUGUGAGGGAAGAUAUGGUCAUAUACGUUAUGGAAUUUCAUUAAUUUUAAAUCGAAUAUUGCGUUUCGAUAAUACCUAUUACAUACCACUGACAGUUCUGAAAACAGUUGAUUUAAAUCUAAAUCCAGUGUUCAAGGUUCCUCUGUUGGGGGAAAAUUAUGCUAGUCUAGGUUGUUGGCCCUGCAGUAGUGGUAAAUUAUUUUAUUCUCUGCAAAUACCAUUUGCUGCCUACACACCGGGACAAACUGUCAAAUUCUCGCUGCACCUACAAAAUCAAUCUAUGACAGACACAGAAGGCUACUAUAUGGAUUUUAUUCAAAAAAUUACAUUUACCGCUCAUUCGCCCAGUCGCAGUCAUCGCUACGAGAGACGUACCCUAGUAAAACGAAAUUAUUCGGAAGUAUGUCGUCGUCUGACGAAUCGCGUAUUCAGUGGUGAAUUUUCCAUACCAUCUGUGCCACCUACAACUGAACCUAGCAACAUUAUUUACGUCGAAUACAAGCUGAAGGUAACAAUAAUGAUGUCCGGUUGUAACAGAUCCAAAGACAUAUCUGUUCCCAUCUUUAUUGGCAACGUACCGAUACGAGAAAGUUUGCAAAACUUUGCUGAGCAAAUCGAACAUCAAAACCCAACUGCCCCCGAAAUGCCGACAUCGAAUGGUAAAACUGAUUCCGAAAUGCCGCCCAAUUAUAGUGAUCUAAAACCACCUUCUUAUCAAGAAGCAAUGCAAAGUGAAUCCCCCUUUGUAGACAAUGACGUAGAUAAACAUCAUCGUGUGAAUGAGAAUGUCCAUGCUAACACAUUGGAGUCGUUGAAGAAUAGCGAUAAAAAGUUAGAUUGUGUGUAUUAUUAUAAGGUUCAACUUUGA